CCGCGGCGGGCUCCCGGGCAGCCCAGCGCAGCGGACGAGCCGAGCCAGCAUGUCGGGGACCCGAGCCUCCAACGACCGGCCCCCCGGCGCGGGCGGCGUCAAGCGGGGGCGGAUGCAGCAGGAGGCGGCGGCGACCGGCUCCCGCGUGACCGUGGUGCUGGGCGCGCAGUGGGGGGACGAGGGCAAAGGCAAGGUGGUGGACCUGCUGGCCACGGACGCCGACAUCGUCAGCCGCUGCCAGGGGGGCAACAAUGCUGGCCACACGGUGGUGGUGGACGGCAAGGAGUACGACUUCCACCUGCUGCCCAGCGGCAUCAUCAACACCAAGGCCGUGUCCUUCAUUGGCAAUGGCGUGGUCAUCCACUUGCCCGGCUUGUUUGAAGAGGCAGAGAAGAACGAGAAGAAAGGACUGAAGGACUGGGAGAAGAGGCUCAUCAUCUCUGACCGGGCCCACCUGGUGUUCGACUUCCACCAGGCCGUGGACGGGCUUCAGGAGGUGCAGCGCCAGGCGCAGGAGGGCAAGAACAUCGGCACCACCAAGAAGGGAAUCGGACCAACCUACUCCUCCAAAGCCGCCCGGACGGGCCUCCGCAUCUGUGACCUCCUGUCGGACUUCGAGGAGUUCUCCACCAGAUUCAAGAACCUGGCCCAGCAGCACCAGUCCAUGUUCCCCACCUUGGAAGUAGACGUGGAAGGGCAGCUCAAGAGGCUCAAGGGCUUUGCUGAGCGGAUCAGACCCAUGGUGCGCGACGGUGUGUACUUCAUGUACGAGGCGCUCCACGGCCCCCCCAAGAGGAUCCUGGUGGAAGGCGCCAAUGCAGCCCUCCUGGACAUUGACUUCGGGACCUACCCUUUUGUGACUUCUUCCAAUUGCACGGUGGGCGGCGUGUGUACGGGCCUGGGCAUCCCCCCGCAGAACAUAGGCGACGUGUACGGAGUGGUGAAGGCCUACACCACCCGCGUGGGCAUCGGAGCCUUCCCCACCGAGCAGAUCAAUGAAAUCGGAGACCUGCUGCAGAACCGCGGCCACGAAUGGGGGGUGACCACGGGCAGGAAGCGGCGCUGCGGCUGGCUGGACCUGAUGAUCCUCAGAUACGCCCACAUGGUCAACGGGUUCACGGCGCUAGCCUUGACCAAGCUGGACAUCCUGGACGUCCUGGGUGAGAUCAAAGUCGGCGUCUCGUACAAGCUCAAUGGAAAGAGGAUCCCCUACUUCCCAGCUAACCAGGAAAUACUUCAGAAGGUUGAGGUGGAGUACGAAACACUGCCCGGCUGGAAAGCAGACACCACGGGUGCCAGGAAGUGGGAGGACCUGCCCCCCCAGGCCCAGAGCUACGUGCGGUUUGUGGAGAAUCACGUGGGUGUGGCAGUCAAAUGGGUUGGCGUUGGCAAGUCCAGAGAGUCCAUGAUCCAGCUGUUUUAGAUGAGCCGACCUGGGCAGGCCACAGCAGCCCCUGUCCCCGUGUGAGCCGCUGUAGGUGUCACAGCUACACCAUCCACGGAAAUAGGAAAAUGGGUUUCUGCACUUUGAUUUUUCUAUUUAAGCCUUCAGCUCAACCCACUGAAUUCUGCGAUGGUCUUAAUCAUCUGCAAGUGAGCUCCAUGGACAGUUUUUAAGAUUCUGCUGUUUAAAAUGAGCCUAAGUGCUUCAAACAGGGCCCCCGGCACACUGAUGUCACAUGGUGUGUCCAGCUGGAGCCGUGUUGCAAUAAACACAUCCCAGAGCCACUGA